GCUGAUGUCAGCAACUCGUGUACCAAACAUUUUCAUCGACUUUCCCCGAGUUGUUCCGAGAAUCUUCCCAGCCGGGAAGUUCAUGUUCCGAUAUCCUGACGCCCCAUGAACGCACAAUGGGAGAAGUUUGACAAUCCUGCAACAACAGCGACUCAGACAAGUUUCAUCUCAAGACAGUUCAAGGUCGCUCGAAGGAACUUUUACGAAGGCAGUCUCCCAGCAACGCGACCCUCAUGGCAGAGGAACUUCUGAAGUGUUUGAGGGUCGUAAUGAAAACCGGGUGAGAAUGUGGAGGCGCCGGAAGCGGCAGCAGGUUGGUGGAGGACAGAGGAGCCGGAGGAGGAGGGGGAGCGGAUAGAGAGGAGAUUAUCCCCCGGGCUUCAUCUGAACUGUCCGCCGCCGCUUGUCAUAUUUUCUUCUCCUGGACAAAAUGGCUCUGACCCAGGAGUCCGUCCUGUCCUUUUUACUGGAGCACGGAGGGAAGGUGCCGAACUCGGAGCUGGUGAACAAUUUCAGGAGCCAGAUCAACUGCAGCGAUCCCGCGGAAAAGCUGCACAAUAGAGACCUGUUCAAGAGGCUGGUGAACAGCGUCGCUGUGGUCAGACAGAUCGACGAGGUAAAGUUUGUGGUCGUGAAGAAAAGGUACCAGGACUUUGUCAGAGAGCACGAUGCAUCGCCCGAAACGCCUCUGGACCUCAGUUUCUCCGGCUGCACAUCUCCUCAUCGAGCCGAAGCAGCCAGGAUGAUCUAUACCGACAUUGAAAACAACAACAUAGACAGCCCACUUAACACGUAUUGCAAUUAUGGUGGUGAUGGCAAGCAUGUGCCUGCAGGGAGUGUGCGGCAGAGAAUACCGUUAUCCAGGAGUCGAAGCAGCGUUGACUCAUCCACUGUCAAAGUUUUAAAUAUCUCCGGAGAUCAUGAGAUCAAAGCAAGGAAAUCUGGCGCUGUAUUCGCUGUGAUAGCAGUGAAAUCCCCUCAGAGAGACCCUGCACCAGCAGCACAUGGAUCACAUUACCAAGUGCAUGGGCAUGAACCUCCAGGCAAAAGAACCACUUCGGUAAUGAAGCCUUCUCCACCAUCAGUAACUCUACAUUCUAACUUUCCAGCAUGCAAGAAGGAUGCAGUGAGGGGACAUCAAGUCCAGAAAACCAGACAAACAGAGGACCUGCAGCCUCCGGGGUUUCCCCAGACGAGGCCCCAAAACAAGACAACAAGACCACCAGAAGAUGCUAAGGACACCGAGUCUGUGCCUCUGGAGCCAUUAGCUCAUGAGUGGUUGGUGAAGUGUGCCGCCGGACUGUGGGGGCAGAUCCAUGCUCUGCUGCUGAAGGACACACGGUUGGCACAGAAGAAAGACUUCAUGUCAGGUUUCACAGCGUUACACUGGGCCGCCAAGGAUGGCAACGGCGAGAUGAUACACAAGCUCAUGAAGAUCUCCAGAAAGAGAGGCACUUACAUCAACGUCAACAGCAAAUCACACGGAGGAUACACUCCUCUACACAUCGCAGCCAUGCACGGCCACACUCAGGUGAUGGUUCUGCUCGUGCAGAGGUAUGGAGCCAGUGUUAAUGAGAGAGACAAUGCCGGUAAGAAGGCCUUUGCCUACCUGGGUGAAGAUGUGUCAGCUGAGGUCAGAGCACUUCUGGGAGGACUGCAGCCGGCUAAGUACAGGGAGAGGACAGAGGAAGACGACUGCAGAGAGCACCCCAAAGGCCUCAACACUAUAAGUAAACUGUUUCAGCCUCACAUAGGGAGGAAACACAAGACUACAGCAAAGUUUGCUCACGACUGGUGACAGAGACAUGGAUCACAUCCAUCAGUAAGCUGAACAAUAUCAAGAUUGAAAAAGACAAUACUCUUAUUUGUAUAUUCUGUAAAUAUAAAACAACCUAAAGCAUUGCUAAGUAUAUGGUUUGGAUCAAUUUGUUUUAUUUUCAAAUGUGUAGUCUCUCAGUAUUCAUCACAAACUCUAGGUUUCCUUUACAGUAUAUCACUACUAUUUAUGACUUGCAUUUAUACUUAACAAUGAUUUUUCAACAAUUUAACAUAUUUCAAUAGCACAAUCUGUAAUAGUGACCCUGUACAUAUGCUAAUUUCCCAGGUGGUAUUAAAUCCUUCAAUUCUUGAUUCAUGAAAUCAGAGUUUAAGGAAAUAUUGGGAAA